CGUCGCGGCAGCAAGCAGGCUCGCCAUUUUCGCUGCUCUUUGUGCGCCACCGUCCACCGAGAGUCUGCGUGCUUUUCCUCGAGCAUUUCUUCCACUCGGGUUUAAAUUCGGCUACACGAUGCAGGGAAACAAAGGCCCUCAGCACAACCACGGCCCCAACCGCCCGGGAGAGCAGAAGAAACCCGGGGGGACGAACACCAAUGGCCAGCAGCCGGAUCCCAGCGACCAUUCCAGCCCCAAUGAGGCCUUCACCCUGGACAUGCAGAGCUUCAGGAAGCCGGGGGAGAAGACCUUCACCCAGCGCAGCAGGCUGUUUGUGGGCAACCUCCCGACCGGAGUCACCGAGGAGGACAUCGAGAAGCUCUUCAACAAGUACGGCAAGGCCAGCGAGAUCUUCGUCAACAAGGACAGGGGCUUCGGCUUCAUCCGGCUGGAGACCAGGAUCAUCGCAGAGAUCGCCAGAGCCGAGCUGGACGAUACCCAGUUCAGAGGCAGGCCCAUACGGGUGAGGUUUGCGACCCACGGGGCUGCUCUGUCUUUGAAGAAUCUGCCAGAGUUUGUGUCCAACGAGCUGCUGGAGGAGGCCUUCGCUGUGUUUGGUCAGAUAGAGAGGGCGGUGGUCAUAGUGGAUGACCGGGGGAGGCCCACGGGGAAGGGGAUUGUGGAGUACACCUCAAAGCCAGCUGCAAGAAAAGCUCUGGAUAAGUGCAAUGAUGGUGCCUAUGUUCUCACAGCCUUCCCUCGCCCCAUCACAGUGGAACCCAUGGAGCAGCUUGAUGAAGAGGAGGGACUAUCAGAGAAGAUUAUCAACAAAAACCAGCAGUAUCACAAAGAACGUGAGCAGCCUCCUCGAUUUGCCCAGCCGGGCUCCUUCGAGUUCGAGUAUGCUAUGCGCUGGAAGGCCCUGAUGGAGAUGGAGAAGCAGCAGUAUGAUAUGGUGGACCGCAACAUGAAAGAGGCUCAGGAGAAGCUGGAGGUCGAGAUGGACGCGGCCAGACAUGAGCAUCAGGUGAUGCUGAUGAGGCAGGACCUGCUGAGGCGCCAGGAGGAGCUGCGGAGGAUGGAGGAGCUCCACAGUCAGGAGGUGCUGAAGAGGAAACAGGCCGAGCUGCGGCAGGAAGAGGAGCACCGGAGGAGAGAGGAGGAGAUGAGGAUGCGCAACGAGGAGAUGAUGAAGAGGCAGCAGGAGGGCUUCAGAGGCAACUUCCCUGAAAACAGGGAGCAAGACAUGAGGAUGCACAUGGCCGGUCAUGGGAUGAACAGAAACUCUCUGGGUGGUAGUUCUGGUCCUGCAGGUACUCCUGGCAUGCCUGCUGAGAAUGCUCCAUUGAUGCAGGGGCAAGGAAACAACAACAUGCCCGGAGGAGGUCAGGGCGGCUUCCCCAGAGGCCUCCCUGGGCCUGGAGACUUUGGACCUAAUAAGCAACGCAGAUUUUGAAUUCUAUUUUUCUCUUCCAUUUUCAUACUCACUCUUUCUUAAAGUUCGGGUAGUGAACCUUAAAUGAACUUUGAAAACUGUUGCAUGUAUUUUUCCCCCCUUUUUUUUAUGUUUUAUGUUUACUUUUGAAUUAUUUUUUAGUACUAAAAUUUCAAAGCUGUCCAAAUGAGCCACAUCUUUUGCUUUCCCCCAAAAAAUGUUGUAUUUUUCAUAGGGAUAGGAAAUGUUUUUGUCCUGGAUAUGUUGACUUUUCUGGAAUAAAACCAUGAUUCCCUAA